AUCACUGAUCUACCGUUUGACCCAGUGCAAAGAACUGCUCCCUCAUACAACAUGAAAUUCUUUGUAGUCCUGUUCGCUUUAGUGACCAUCGCGUCUGCCGCCAGCAUCCGUGAGAAGCGUUGGACUGGGUUGCUCGGCGGAUACAGUGAUAUUGGUUUCGGCGGAUACAGCGGCUACUCCGCCCCCGCUGUGGUCUCCGUCAACAAGGUUGUGAACGUCCCCAGGGUGGUCAGCGUACCUCAAGUGGUCCACGUCAACAGAGUGGUGUCCCAGCCCCAGGUCAUCUCCAGCCCUACUAUUAUCGGCGGAUACAGCGGAUACGGAAAUGGAUGGUGGUGAACACCUUAAUUAAUGAAAAUGGUUUUUUAGGGGUUUAAAUAAAUAUUAUUUUGUUUAAUA